CGGCGCGGCCCCACCCCCGACUCCGGCGUUGGUCGCUAAGGAGCGGAGCUGGCCGGGCAGUUCCCAGAGACUGCCUGAGAUGCUGAGGUUUCAAUGCUGAGCACUACAUGCUGUAUUACGGAGCUGCUCACCUUGGCUCAUGGGGAAACUGCAGAGUAAAAUCAACUGCAGCACCUCCAAAUACAGGCCUGAUGAUUAUGUGGAAGAGGACAGGCCCGCGCAGGCUGUUCAGCAAUACACCCCUGCUCACACUGGCACUGUCACUUCUGUGGCUGCUCUAACAUCAGAUCUCUGUGUGUCGGGAGGAAAGGACAAGGCUGUAGUUGUGUAUAAUUGGAGAUCAGGAGCAGUGCUGAGGAGGUUUGUGGGACAUCAACACGAAGUGACUAAGGUGGCCUGUGUCUUUGAAUCCAACAGUUUUUUCAGCGCCUCCCGUGACAAGACAGUCAUGAUGUGGGAGCUACACAGGAACUCAGGGCCGAGCCAGCACUUCCCAGGACAUGACUUGGUUGUAACUGGACUGGCGGUGAGCCCAGACUCUUUACAGCUGUGCACAGGUUCACGGGACAACACCAUGUGCAAGUGGGACAUAGAGACCGGGGAAUGUCUGCAGAGAGCUGCCAUUUCCAGGAAUCUGCAGGUAACACACCUGUGCUGGGUUCCUGCAGAGCCGUAUGUCAUUCAGACGUCAGAGGAUAAAACAAUCAGGAUCUGGGACAGCCGGGAGCUGCAGGUGGCCCAUAGGUUCCCGGUAAAGCAGUAUAUUCAGACCUACUGUGAUGUAAGCCAGGAUGGACGGUACUGCAUCAGUAGCAGCAAUGGCUUCAGUGGGGAGGGCUGCGAAGCCACACUGUGGGACCUAAGGCAGACAAGAAGCCGCGUGCGUGAGUUCAAGGGGCAUUUCCAAACCACAGCAUCCUGUGUCUUCCUUCCCAAGGGUCUUGGUCUGAUCCCAGUCGUUGCCACUUCAUCACAUGACUGCAUGGUGAAGAUCUGGAACCAAGACAGCGGAGCCUGCCUGGUCACCUUGUGCCUUGACGGAUCCGGACCCCUUGCUUCCCUGGCUGUCUGUGACAGCUCCACACUUCUCUGUGCCAGCUUCAACUCGGGAAUUCACUUACUCAGGAUAAACAGCAUUAAAGGGCUGGAGCUCCAGGAGGUGGCAACAUUCUGAUUCGUAGUGACCCUCUCUGCCCCAAACCAUCAUGGUCAAAAUCCAAAGCAGGAAUUGCCUCUCUGGUUAAGAAGUCUCUCGGUCAUUAGUACUCAUUUCCUGACUGACUAGGUUUAAUGGCCAGGUACCUGUAAUAUCCCUAGCCCCAAAUCAGCAACAGUGCAGAGCCAGCAGGGUCAUCAUCAGGUUCCUGUUUCUGAGAUUAUGGAAACUAGCUGCAUCCAUUUUUAAAGCCAAGUCAUAGAUGCAUUUAGGCCAAAUUUUAACUUAAAAUAAGCCUUGCACAUUUGACACACAAAAUCAAAAGCAAACUAGUUAUAGAUCUAACAGUUAGAUGAGAAAAAGAGACACAAACAGAGACUCUAGUGAAACAGGCUGCCGGCCUACAGGGAAGUGUGUUUCUGGGAACAUCCUGCUGACCACAAUGGGGUAGCCUCCAUCCUGUCGUGCAAACAUCUAUUCCUUGCUAUGCUGCAGGUUUUGUUGCUUUUCUUGUUACAAAGAGCCUAUAAAAGAAGGCCUGGAUGCUUGUCAGCAGAGGUAAGGAAAAAUCAUGGAUCGUUGUCCCUCUUGCCUUAUCAGUGUUAUGUCGGCAUCCCAUUUGUUACCCCCAAGGUCACGCCACCAGGGCAGAGUCUGGCUUACUGAGAAGCCUGGGUUACUGAUGCUGUGUGCAGUAGCAGACUGAGGAACAAAGGGUCCAUCCUGUUAUCAAGGUAGAAGCUGAAUACUGUGCUGUGAAGCAGCAAACUUGCUACAGAUCUGAAAACCACCUUUCAGAUGUCAGCAUGUGGAAUGAAUGGCUUGUUUCAGAACAUACCAGUAACAGGCUAACUGAAUUAACAUGCUCAGGUGUCGGCUAGAGAAGCUCAGCCCAGUUCUCAUUGCUCAGGUUCGGUGUGCUGUUUAAGGAAGUCGAACGCUGUGCCCCAAAACGAAUGCUUGUUCUACAACCAGGGCUGGUGUACGUGCACCCUGCUGGCAGGGGGGGAGAAUUCAUGCUCUUCACCUGUCACCAAAAGCUUUGGCAGCAGCUGUGAAGGUAGCUAUUUCUCCACAAUCCAAGGCAGAAGCAAGCUGAUAAAAAAGACUAAUGGAGUUGAAGAAAUAAUCACAUGUUCUUGGCACAUUGCCAGCCUGUUGAGCGGAAGCUGUGGCAGAAGACUUCAGGGAGAGGUGACGCAGGAAGAACCCCGGAAGAGGGGUUAGGGAGAGUUUUCACUUCCAGCUAAAGCUGAUUCUGCAAAUGGGAUGGCUGGUGUUUUUAACA